UAGGCAUUGAACUUUUUUCUGCCAGGAAUUUCCAGAAACAGGCAGCCCCAGUACACAGUACAAAACUUCGCGACCAUGGCAGACGACGGCCUGCUGCUCAAUUUCGAACUCGGGGAUGUGCCACUGACAAGUCAGGUCAAAUUCAAGGGCGGCCGCUGGAGAGAUCGGGUCCGAGCGCAGAAGACGGUCAACAAAGACCAUCAAGUCGCAGCCCCGACAGACGACGACGAGGCCGACAGACCGACAAAACGGCCAAGAACAGACGACGAUGUCCCGGGGCGGCGCUUCAAAGUGGCCAAGGCCAACAAUGCGAACGACAAGCCACCGAGCUAUGCCAUGAAGACUGGCCAGAUAUCCUCUGGUCUGUUCACGUCCAACCCAGCAGCCGUUUCGGCAUUCAACGACCAUAAAGACGAGGAAACCGAGCCUGCGCAACCCUCCAAUGCGCCACUCACAGACGAAGCCGAGAAUUUCCUCGCCCUGGGACUCUCCAGGCGAGUCGCUCAACACCUGGCGACAAAGUUGGAGAUGAAAGCCCCAACCGCCAUCCAGAAGAGCACAAUACCGCUGCUGAUCAAAGAGGACCACGACGCCUUUCUGCAGGCCGAGACGGGCUCCGGCAAGACGCUGGCUUACCUGUUGCCCAUCAUCCAUAGGAUAAUGGCUUUGAGUCUCAACAAAGACGGCACUUCCAAGGACAUACAGGUGCACAGGAACUCGGGGUUGUUUGCCAUUAUCCUGGCGCCAACCCGCGAACUUUGCAAGCAAAUCGCCCUGGUGGCCGAGAAGGUGCUCCGCUGUACCCCGUGGCUCGUCUGCACCACAGUUAUUGGAGGCGAGAGCAAGAAGUCAGAAAAGGCGCGCAUCAGGAAAGGCGUCAACAUCCUGAUCGCAACACCGGGCCGGUUGACCGAUCAUUUAGACAAUACCAAGGUCCUCGACGUCGGCACAGUGCGGUGGCUGGUUCUGGACGAAGGUGACCGGAUGAUGGAGAUGGGCUUCGAGGACGAUAUUCGAACCAUUAUUGGAAAGACCAGAGAGGUUACACUCUUGAAGCAGAACUCGGAGGGCGUUGUUCUGGAUGGCGUUCUCCCUACUCGGAGAGUCACUGUUCUUUGCUCGGCCACCAUGAAGAUGAAUGUUCAGAAACUGGGCGAGAUCAGUCUAGAAGAUGCGGCGCACAUUACUGCGUCAAAAUCCGAGCUCGACAAGGAUAGCGAAACUGGCAACGACGCCGCUUUCUCCGCUCCGGCUCAGCUUAAACAACAAUGCAUCAUUACGCCAGCCAAGCUACGAUUGGUCACGCUGACUGCCCUGUUGAAGUCGACAUUUGCUAGACGAGGCACAGUCUUCAAGGCCAUCAUCUUUAUCUCAUGUGCCGACUCUGUCGACUAUCAUUUUUCGCUAUUGAAGUCGACAACGACUCCCGAAAUCCCCGCCCCGACACCUGAUACACCUUACACACCGCCAGAAAAGCCAAAUCCCGACACGGAAACAACUGUCGCUCUAGCGUCUUACAUCACAUCACCAGCAAAUCCUAAGGUGGCGCUCCACAAGCUCCACGGCUCCCUCGCGCAGCCCGUUCGGACGGCCACCCUCAACGCUUUCACCGUCUGCAAAGAGCCUGCCGUUCUCAUUACCACAGAUAUCUCGUCCCGCGGCCUCGAUGUUCCGGCUGUGGACCUCGUAGUAGAAUACGACCCUGCUUUUUCCAUAUCGGAUCAUGUCCAUCGUAUUGGCCGAACUGCGCGGGCUGGUCGCGCUGGACGAGCAGUACUCUUUCUGCUUCCCGGCUCAGAGGAAGGGUACACGAGUCUUCUCGGCAUAGCGAACCCCGUGGCGCCCCAACUGUACGAAUCUGUGCUCCAAAAGGGGCUUGCGGCAGCUGUCAAUCUCCCAUCAGCCGACUCUAGUGCCGAAAGCGAGAAGCAAACUUGGAGCACCCGGGCUGAAGCUUUGCAGCUCCAUUUCGAGCAGCGGCUGCUUGCUACUCCUCCUGGUGGUGGGAGUGCCGACCGUGGGCUUAAGUCCAAGGGGGCUAAGGGGAACAAGGGACGCGACAUCAAGGCCCAGGACAACCCGCUACUUGACGCUGCCCGGCAAGCAUUCCGAUCCCAUAUACGUGCGUACGCAACACACGUGCGCGACGAGCGUGGAUUCUUCGAUAUAACUCGGCUACAUCUUGGCCACAUGGCAAAGAGUUUUGGGCUUCGUGAGGCACCGGGCGGCAUCGGCGGAGGCGUUGCCAGGCAAACUCAUAGGGCACCCGCGCAGAAGGGUGUCAUGGGCAAGCCGGCAGCGACAAGCAGGCAGUCGGGGGGUGGCAAAGUUGGCAAAGGCGGCGCGGGCGACAAGGACGACGAUGGGCUAGGUGUCGUGGACGAGACGGCUGCUCGCAGGAUGCGGGAGAAGAUGAUGGGAGUCAUGAAUGCUGCGAGCGAGUUCAACAUUGGGUAAGAAGGGACGCCUGCCAGUUGCUGCGUACCAAGGUUACUAUCUAUAUUAGCUAUCUGAUGAGAUGUCUACGUAUCAUUAUACCCCUAAGAUAAUUAUAUAGAAAGGAUAUAUAAGGUGCUAUCCCCCG